UUGGAAACGGCACGGUGGGAUUCUUACUCGUUUCUGGACAAAAACAACGAACAGAAGGAAAACAAAAAACAAAAUCGUGAAAUCGCCUCGGAAUUUUGUGCUGUAAAACGAGUGAAACCCGGUGUAAUUUCCUUGGAGUGCCGAAAGAUUGUUUCUUCCUUGCUGAACAAUCUCCUAAAACGACAUUAUUCAAUGUCCACGGGUUUUCCCGAAGAGAGUCUGUGCGUUCGUUCUCGUUGAGAAUUAAUUUGGGAGCCCAAAAGCGCUCCAGCGCCAGCUGAAAUAGAAAAGGAAUACUGAUAACAACGAUAAUGAGCAGUCUGGGAAACGGAAGCCACCAGAACAACCCCAACAACAACACCGGAAGCAGCCAGAACUCGGCCGCAGAAGGAACCGUGAUGGACCGCGGAAGCUGCAUUCUGGUGCGUUACGCAAGCCAGAACUCACUCGACGAAAGCUCACAGAAGCAGCUGCCGCGCGCGAAUGGAAAGGAAAAGACGACGGGCGCGUACCGCAACAACAUCCACACACAACGAUCAUUCGAGGCCAUGAAUAUGAUGAGAGAACAAAACCUGCUGUGCGAUGUGGUGCUGGUGGCGGAAGGGAUCGAGAUUCCAGCCCAUAAGAUGGUGCUUGCCUCGUGCAGCCCGUACUUUUACGCCAUGUUCACGGGCUUCGAGGAGAGCCGCCAGGAUCGGAUCACACUGCAGGGUGUCGACCAUCGGGCACUUCAGUUGCUGAUCGAGUACGUCUACACGGCGGUUGUCGAGGUAACGGAGGAAAACGUUCAGAUCCUGCUGACGGCCGCCAAUCUGCUGCAGCUGACGGACGUGCGAGACGCUUGCUGUGAUUACCUGCAGACACAACUCGAUCCGAGCAACUGUCUCGGGAUACGUGAUUUUGCCGACAUUCACGGUUGCAUCGAGCUACUGAACUACGCCGAGACUUACAUUGAACAGCAUUUCUCAGAGGUGUGCCAAUUUGAGGAGUUUCUGAAUCUCACCAGUGAUCAGGUGGUCAAUUUAAUCAAGAGUGAUCGUCUCUCGGUUCCGACAGAAGAAAGGGUUUACGAAUGUGUCAUAACGUGGAUACAGUACGAUGUGCCCGGACGGCAACACAAUCUGGCCGAUCUGAUGGAACACGUCCGGUUGCCGCUGCUCGCGCAAGACUAUCUAGUACAGCACGUCGAGAAGGAGCAACUGAUGAAGGGUGACUUGCAGUGCAAGGAUUACAUUAUUGAAGCCCUCAAGUACCAUCUGCUGAAGGGCGAACAGAAGACGUCAUUCAAAACGCCACGCACCAUCCCACGGCAACCGGUGGGCCUUCCCAAGGUACUGCUCGUGAUCGGUGGUCAAGCACCGAAAGCAAUCCGUUCAGUCGAGUGUUACGAUCUGCGGGAGGAAAAGUGGUAUCAGGUGGCCGAAAUGCCGACGCGUCGUUGUCGUGCAGGAUUGGCGGUACUAGGCGAUAAGGUAUACGCCGUCGGUGGCUUCAAUGGCUCGUUGCGCGUGAAAACGGUCGACGUGUACGAUCCGGCACUCGAUCAAUGGACCACUAGUCACUGUAUGGAAGCGCGACGCUCUACACUCGGUGUGGCGGUACUCAACAACUGUAUCUACGCGGUCGGUGGUUUCGAUGGAUCGACGGGACUCAGUACGGCCGAAAUGUUUGAUCCAAAGCGACAAGAGUGGCGGUUGAUUGCGGCCAUGUCGACGAGACGCAGCUCGGUCGGUGUUGGUGUGGUUAAGGGCCUGCUAUAUGCCGUCGGUGGGUACGAUGGAGCUUCACGGCAGUGUUUGGCUUCCGUCGAACGGUACGAUCCGGCCACCGAUACGUGGACACCGAUCGCGGAGAUGUCAGCAAGACGCAGUGGAGCCGGUGUCGGUGUGCUGGACAAUAUUCUGUACGCUGUCGGUGGCCACGAUGGACCGCUGGUACGUAAAUCGGUGGAAGCGUACGAUCCGGUAACGAACACUUGGCGUCCGGUCGGUGAUAUGGCGUUCUGUCGAAGGAAUGCUGGCGUCGUUGCUCACAAUGGAAUGCUGUACGUGGUGGGCGGUGACGAUGGCAUCUCGAACUUGGCCUCGGUGGAGGUGUACAGCCGUGAAACGGACAGCUGGCGUAUUCUGCCCUCGUCGAUGAGCAUCGGUCGUAGCUAUGCGGGGGUUGCCAUCAUAGAUAAGCCAUUGUGAAGCGAGCAGCAAGGCGCACGGGCCAGCAAUCCGUCGCACCAGCAACCUUUCCUCCGUUCCUACUCUCGAACCUAUGCUAAUUGCACCAACACCACCACCAGUAGUCUCCACCAGCAACGAUCGUCAGCGGUAAUGGGCGCAGCACUAGCACAGGAUGCUUCAGUUGGCCAGCCAGGCGGUCCUGGCGUUGGUUGUUCUGAUGAUGAAAACAGUCAGGCAGAAGGUUUAAAUCCCGAACCGGCCGCAAAUGGUGGGCAGACGUCUGCUAAUGCUAAUCCUUCGGCCAAUAACGUACACUACGAGAACAUAUAUGAAUCCAUCGAGCAAUAUGCUGGUCUUGGUGCCGUUGGUGGUGGACCUUCCGGCCAACAGCCCAUCCAUCGAUCAGCUGCCACAUCGGGCCAAGCUUCAGCUCCUCUGGCGAAUGGAAUGAUGCACAAUGUGCAUAUCAAUCCGUACCAUCAUCCGCUGGCAUAUCGGAAUGAGCUCUACGAUCGAACUGCCGGUUACGAUGUACCGCGUGGACGUGGAGCUGGCCAGCCAGCGAGCUACUAUCAGAAUCAAGCGUCGUUACAGCCUUCUCUGCUCCCUGGAGGAGGAGCACCAGCGGCGGGAGGCCCACGUUAUGCAAACCUUCAUCUUGAUCUCAAUCGAUCGCGCUAUCAGGCGCCAACGCAACAGCAACAACGAACACCGAGGCAACGUAGCUUCGAUGAUACGGAAUCGUAUCAUUAUCAUCGCUAUCAACCGAAUGGCACCGGAGGAUCGAUGAAGCAAUCCGAUAAUCUGUAUGAGCGAGUGCGUGAAGAACCGGCGUACCAGAACACGGGCUCACUGGCGGCCAGUAAUCGAACGGGUCUUUAUGGGCGGUUCGAUGUGAUCGGCCAUGGUGUAGGGCGGAUCGAGCGUCAUCUCAGUUCAUCCUGUGGAAACAUUGAUCAUUACAGUCUCGGUGGUCACUAUGCGGUACUUGGCCACAGUCAUCUCGGUACCGUUGGGCACAUUCGACUUAAUCAAUCGAACGGUGGUGGUGGUGGUGGUGCCACUAACGGUAACGCAUCUGCGCAAGCUCCCAACUCGAUCACUCCGACUACCACCCAGACAAAGGACGGUGCGACGUCUUCAUCGACCGUAAAUGUGAAAUCGUUCUUUAGUUGCUUGGGAGGCGAGAACUCGCAAUCGAUGAACAAUCUGAACAAACCACCGACUACUGGGCCACUGGCUGGAAUUGGUGGUAGUUCCGGUGCGGCUGGAGCUGCCAGUACUGCACCAGCUGAUGGUAGUUCUCUAUCAAAUGGACAAGGAAGUAGCAUCGUAGGAGGGUUAGCGAGUGCCGCAGCCGUUGGUAGCUCCGCAACAGGCACCAUACCGAAGAUUAAUCGUAAAACGAAGCAAUCUCAACAGCACCCAGAACCAGCGACAGUCAGUGGUUUGGUACCUGUCCAUGCGGAAGCUCCGAUAGAACUUGCUGGUGGGCGUGUUACGAAGCCAUCGCUUCAGUGGCUGCUCGUCAACAAAUGGCUACCGAUGUGGGUUGGUCAAACGCCGCCGGAUUACAAGUUUAUCGACUUUAACUUUAUGUUCUCGCGCAAUUGCGAUGGUUGUGCUACGGCAAACCACACGCCGCCACCACCACCACAGGAACUGGUUCGCUAUGGACAGGCGCUGAUCGAGCAAACUGAUUACAUUCCACCGGCACGCGAGUAUCCGACAAUGACCGGGAGCUAUCCACGGGUACUACGCAACACACCACAGCUGGCUCGUCUCAGAGAGCACGAGUACGAGAACGUACCACUCGCUGACGGAUCAGCGGCGUCCGGACUGCGCGCGAUGACACCAUUGCGUCCGAUGGGUCCGAGAGCGGUAGUCACACCGGCAGCAGCCCGACCAUUAGCUGGAUCGGUAAGCCGUUUACGGGAUCAUGCAUCUGGGCCCCGUACCGGGGCUGAUUCAUUCCGUAGCUGGUCAUUCAAUUUUGAGGACAACAGUUUCCGUCCGGCUCGUUCCAAUGGAUUCGUGCAGCAACAGCAAACCUCCAACAACAAUAACGGUGCUGGUGGAAGUAGUCCGGUCGUACGCGAUGUACGACGCAUCACAGAUGGCACGUUCGGUGCGCGGGACCUGCAACCUCUCGAUCCUGGUCCAAUACCAGGCCCAAGUGGGCUACGGCGAGCUACCGUGGCAACGGUAUGCACGGCCUCCCAUGAUGACACAGGAGAUGCUGCUACUAGCGAAAGUCAUGACGUGCGUCGGCUCUCACUGGGAUCGACCUCUUCAUCCGGUUCCGAAAACUUUGUCAUGGAAUCGCUGGCAGCGGAAGUCGGAGGACUAGCAGAGGAUAGCAGCAUUUCCGGUGGUGAUGUGGACGCAGGAGAUGGUAUGAUGCUCCACGCAAAUGGCACCACGGUUGGUGCUGGCUCUUCGAAUGAAUCAUCCGAAUCCUUCAACUACGAGCCAGAACUUGUGGCUGAUACUGCAGAUCGGUCCAUGUCGGAGGAUGAGGUAGAGAUCGCUGUGGGUCGCAUUUCUACGGCACAAACGAAUGACGAUGAUGAGGCACGAGGCGAGAAUUAAUACCAGGGCCCUAAACGUACACUAAUCUCUUUUGUGAUCUGGCCGAAAUGGUCGGUACCGGUAAUGGCAACGAAUGGAUUCCUGUUUUUAAUAACGCGUAACAAACUGUUAUCUUCUCUUUUUAUCUCGUUCUUACCAAAAACUGCUCAAUAUUUAUUAGGCAUUCCUUUCCACACCUUCCCCUUCCGUUACGAGCAGUCAGAGACUGGAAUCUGCAAUCGCAAAGCAAAUUCGCAAUAUUCUGUUAAUGUUAGUUCAAUUGCGUUCCCUCCUUCCAAGGAUUCCACUUAGCAAUUCUUCGAAAGAUAGUAAUUUAUGUUCCUUUUUUACGAUGGAACACUAAGCACGAAACAAAACGACUUCGUGCAUCACAUUUCCAGUAAAUUAUUGACAAACGCGGAUCGAAAUAGUUGAGUGAGAUGUCGAGGGGGCGGAAGGAUAUGAAUCUAUUUUAAAAAUAAGAAUAACAAAUAACAAUUAUAAGAUAUAUGUACACACACUUGCGCACAGUUAGGCUGGAAGUAGCGUCUUAGGCAUUUGCAUUAGCCACUACCCCUGGCAGACAGUUGCAGUAGGGUGGUUAGUUAGCUGUACGUUUCAUAAGCAUAUCGUACGUUAUUGCGUUCUCACCUGGAUAGUGUAGCUGUACUCUCCGUCGUUACGUGCUCAAUGUUAGACGGUAUAAGUAAAAGGUACGAGAGCGUUACAGUACUCCUGCAGCCGGUACAGAACACACGAGAAAACGCACAAAACAGUUCCGCUUCCUUUUGUGUUCCAUACAAUCUGUGGCACAGCGACAGCGGCCCAAACGGUACAAACGGUUCGUUCUCUUUUUAUUAGUAUGUGACUGAGGUUCUCUUUUCGUUUGAAUUGUUGCGUCGAGAACAUUACGGCAUUUAGCGUUACUAAGUUAGAAGGCGCAGUCCGAACACCCUCGAGAUGAUGAUAUAUGCUCCGCAACGCUCCACGAUUCCGAGGAUCUGCAUUUGGUAUUCAUUAGUUGGACGUUGAGAUUAAAAUACAAUAAACGUGAUAAUG